AUGACCACCCGGAAAAGAAACGAAUUCCUGGACAUCGCCUCCGAAGACGAGGACGGCAGUGACCGUGGCUACGACUCCGAGGCCGCGGAAGAGAGCAAGGGACGGUUCACAAAGCGACGGAGGACACAUACCCGGGCCGACGACCUCAGCGACGAAGAAUCAGACCUCGAUGUCUCAGACGAAGACGAUGAGCGCGAUUCCAAGGCCAAGAUCAAGACCAAGUCGAAGAGGAAGACGGCGAAACACGGCGAUGAGAUCGCUACCGACGACAGCAGCGCCGACGAGGACGACCUCCAAGAAGACCAAUACCUAGACGCAAGCGCACAACCGGGAUCGCCCUCCCACACAGACUCGCACACCACCACCACCACCACCACCACCUCCAAACCGCAGAAGAAGAAACCGCUCGCCAAAGUCAAACCGCCCAAGAAAAACAAAACAGGCGUGGUGUACCUGUCCUCGCUCCCGCCGUACCUCAAGCCGUUCGCGCUGAAAUCCAUGCUCGAGACGCGCGGCUUCGAACCGAUCACGAAGGUGUUCCUGACGCCCGAGGUGCCGUCGGCAGCGGGGCCGCGGCGGCGGUCGAACAAGCGCAAAACGUACGCGGACGGGUGGGUUGAGUUUGCGUCGAAGAAGACGGCGAAGAUCUGUGCGGAGACGCUGAAUGCGUCGAUUGUGGGCGGGCGCAAGGGCGGGUGGUACCACGACGACGUGUGGAACAUGAAGUAUCUGCGGGGCUUCAAGUGGGCGGAUCUGAUGGAGCAGGUGCAGCGGGAGAGGUCGGAGAGGGAGGCGAGGCGGCGGAUUGAGGACACGCGUGCGCGCAAGGAGGAUAAGGUCUUCUUGGAGGGCGUGGAGCAUGGCAAGGUUUUGCAGGGGAUUCAGAAGAAGAAUGAGGAGAAGAGGAGGAGGCAGGCCGAGGCGAGGGCUGAUGCUGAAGCUGCGGUUGCGGCUACGGCUGCGACGAGCGACGCUGGGAAUGGUCCGCAAGGGGUCAAGGUGCGCAGGCUGUUCAAGCAGAAUGAGGUCAAGGUGGGACGGGAUAAGAUCAAGGGUGAUGCUACUUUGGAGGAUGAUACUAAGCGGGUGCUCAGUAAGAUUUUCUGA